GCAGGGCAGGGGGUUUUAGCUCAAAACCCGUGUCGAAAUAAAAAACAGCGGCAAGACGCGAAGGACGAGGCAAAAACCUCGGUCUCGACCAUAACUGCCCGACGACGGCGUUGCCAUCUCAUCCUCAAUUAACCACCGUUGCGUAGCUCAAUCUUCCUUCACUGCACUGCUGCUACUGAUAUUAACAACAUACAAGGCAGAACCCAAGAAGUUUUUAUUUUGUGGAGCAACUGUGAGCAAGCGACUAUGGCAGCUGUGCAGCUGAGUGGUGGUGCCGCGGUUUCUUGCUGUCGUUCGAGCAGGAGCAGCAAAUGGGCUAUUUCACCAAAAGGGUCUCACUGUUUUCUUCACAGGCGGAUAAAUGUCAGUAAUGGUGGCCGUGGUGACAUCUGUUGUCUGUCCUUGAGCAGGGAAAAAGGGUUAUUGUCUUGUCCUGUUAUUCGUCAUAGGAAACAGUUUUCCCCAAAGUUAAAUUGUCAAUUUAGCUCGGAUUAUGGUGUUGGGUCUGGUGAUGGGGACGAGAGCUCUGCCGUUGGGCUGGAACUUAAUCCCUUAAAGAAUUCCGGUGAAGGGACUGACGAGUUCAAUAGGGCAUCUUCAUCUCAUGUCAAAGAUUUUAAUGAUAAUUUAAGGGAAGAUCUUUCAAAUGCAUCAAAAUUGAAAGAUGUUAGGCGCGAUCUCUUAAUGCUGUCUUUACCAGCAAUUGGUGGGCAGGCCAUCGAACCAAUGGCGCAGCUUAUGGAGACUGCAUAUAUUGGUCGCUUGGGUUCUGUGGAGUUGGCUUCAGCUGGUGUCUCCAUAUCACUUUUUAACAUCAUCUCGAAGCUUUUCAACAUUCCUCUCCUCAGUGUUGCAACUUCCUUUGUGGCUGAAGACAUAUCAAAAAAUGCAGGCAGGUUCUCAGCAACAGAAAAGCUGCAGCUCUCCUCAGUUUCCACAGCUUUAACUUUAGCUGUUGGCAUUGGUAUAUUCGAGGCUAUGGCCCUUUCUUUGGGAUCAGGAACUCUUCUUGGCUUGAUGGGAAUAGCUCCGGUUUCUUCAAUGCGUGGUCCUGCACAACAUUUUCUUAUUCUGCGGGCGCUUGGUGCUCCAGCUUUUGUUGUUUCUUUGGCACUUCAAGGAAUUUUCCGUGGUUUCAAGGAUAUGAAGACUCCCGUGUUUUGUUUAGGUGUUGGAAAUUUAUCUGCUGUACUUCUCUUUCCCUUUUUCAUGUAUUAUUGUCAGUUGGGUGUUUAUGGAGCUGCCAUUUCCACUGUUGUCUCUCAAUACAUAGUUGCCUUCUUAAUGAUUUGGCAUCUUAAUAAGAGAACUGUAUUGCUGCCUCCAAAGCUCAGAGAACUACAGUUUGGUGAUUACCUAAAAUCAGGUGGUUUUCUUAUUGGGAGGACUCUUUCUGUUCUGCUGACAAUGACACUUGGCACAUCCAUGGCUGCUCGUCAGGGACCAAUAGCAAUGGCUGCUCAUCAGAUAUGUCUUCAAGUCUGGCUUGCUGUUUCCCUUCUUACUGAUGCACUUGCUGCAUCCGCUCAGGCCUUAAUCGCUGGUUACAUAUCUAACGACGAUUACAAGACUGUGAAGGACAUCACGCACUUCGUAUUAAAGAUAGGCUUCAUUACCGGCGUUUCAUUAGCUCUAAUCCUAGGUUUUUCGUUUGGUUCCCUUGCCACACUAUUUACCAAGGAUGCAGAAGUUCUAGGAGUUAUUAGAAAUGUCAUUCUGUUUGUUAGCGCCAGUCAACCUAUAAAUGCUCUAGCUUUUAUUUUCGAUGGUCUUCACUAUGGUGUCUUGGACUUCCGAUAUGCUGCGAUUUCAAUGGUUCUGGUCGGGACAAUAUCCUCUGCGUUUUUGCUAUGUGUUCCUAAAACAAUUGGACUUGUUGGUGUUUGGUCUGGCUUGACUCUCUUCAUGGGACUUAGAAUGGUGGCUGGAAUUAUCAGAUUAUUGCAACGGAGGGGUCCCUGGUGGUUCAUACAUGGCACUGGCUCUAAGCCCGAGGUGUCGGUAUGUUUAAACUGAUUGCUUUGCUUAUUGCUGGGUUAUUAUUUGCUGGCUUAAAGAAUUUUUUGGGCCCUUUAAAUUUUUCAAAUCCAAUUAACUCACUUUUUUGGGCAAAAUAUUUGAUAAACAAUGAAGCCCUUAAUUUCUGUUUGUCAAUUGGAAUUCUUGUGCGACUUUCAGUUAGUUGAGUGAGAAGAGAACACAUCAAAGAACGGCAAUAGCUCAUAUGAUAAUCGUGCUCUUGCAUCAUUCGGAUUUAUGCGUGGCACCUUAAAUUGGCAAGAACAUGUAAUUCCCCAUGUUUCGAAAUUUUAUAUUGGGUAGUUGUAGUUGUAGUUGAGAAUGGACUCUUCUGUACAGUUAGUUCAAGUCCAAACAAACUUUAUUUCCCUAGCUACUUGAAUUGAACUCCCUUUUAAUUUAUGUCCUCUUGGCAAAAAACGCGCAAAUGAAAAAAGAGUCCAGCAGAAAACACAAAUUCUUGAGUGAAAUGUCAUACUUUCGUUGUGUUGAAUUUCAGAAUAUGACAUUUUAGUUUGUAAGUAUGCAUAUUUGUUGAAAAAGUAUGGUUGUUUAGC